CAUCUCUCUCUCUCUCUCUCUCUCUCUCUCUCUCUACUGAAGCCAUGGAUUUUCUUCAAUGGAAGGCUAUCGCAGCAGUUGUUGCAUGUAUCCUUCAAAUAAGCUUAUCAGCUAAGAUUAUGGAGGCUUCUCUCUCAGAUGGUGAUAGAAUCGACAAGUUGCCUGGGCAACCAGAGGUCAGUUUCCAACAGUUUUCAGGAUACAUCACUGUGGAUGAUAAGCAAGAGAGAGCUCUUUUCUAUUACUUUGUUGAAGCAGAAAUUGACCCAGAUUCAAAACCCUUUGUUCUCUGGUUAAAUGGAGGUCCUGGUUGUUCUUCUGUUGGAGUAGGAGCCUUCUCUGAGAAUGGGCCUUUCAGAACAAGUGGAGACAGAUUGGUCCAAAAUGAAUAUAGCUGGAACAAAGAAGCAAACAUGUUGUACUUGGAGACACCAGCAGGAGUUGGGUUCUCUUAUUCUAUUAACACCUCUUACUAUGAGGGGGUGGGUGAUGAGAUGACUGCCAGGGACAAUCUCAUCUUCAUGCAGCUCUGGUUUGCCAAAUUCCCCAAAUAUAGAAGUAGAGAUCUGUUUCUCACAGGGGAGAGCUAUGCUGGUCAUUAUAUUCCACAACUAGCUCAGCUCAUGGUUGAGUUCAACAAGAAGGAGAAGUUAUUCAAUCUGAAAGGAAUAGCUCUGGGAAAUCCUCUUCUAGAUUUCGCUAUUGACUUCAAUUCAAAGGCAGAAUUUUUCUGGUCACAUGGGUUGAUAUCAGAUUCAACAUAUGAGAUCUUCACUUCAGCUUGUAACUACUCUAGGUACAAGAGUGAGUCAUACAGAGGCUAUGUUUCCCCUGUUUGCUCAGGAGUGAUGAACCAAGUCAACAAUGAAAUUAGUAUAUUUAUCGACAGAUAUGAUGUCACAAUUGAUGUCUGUCUAUCAUCCAUUUUAUCACAAUCUAAGGCUCUCACACACCUGCAAGUUGCAGAGAAACUAGAUGUCUGUGUUGAAGAUGAAACCACAAAGUAUUUCAACCGGGUUGAUGUACAGAAGGCUCUCCACGCUCGUCUUUUGGGAGUCAACAGUUGGGUUUCUUGCAGUGAUAGUAUUCUACACUAUCAGAUGCUCAACUUAGAGAAACCGACAGUACCAGUCCUCGGCUCACUCAUCAGUUCUGGAAUUCGAGUCUUAAUUUACAGUGGAGAUGAAGACUCUGUUAUCCCGUUAACUGGGACACGUACAUUGCUCCAUGGAUUGGCAAAUAAAUUGGGACUGAACACAACUACGACUUACAGAGCUUGGUUUGAGGGGAAACAGGUUGGUGGAUGGAUACAAGUGUAUGGAAAUAUCCUCUCCUUUGCCACAAUUAGAGGAGCAUCUCACAAAGCUCCAUUCUCACAGCCAGAGAGAUCACUUGUGUUGUUCAAUGCAUUUUUGGAAGGAAAGCCAGUACCAGAAGAAUUCCGAGCUGUUGAAUAAAUUCAUUUUGUGCUGUAUUCUAUGAACAGAGGGAACCUUAUCUUCUAACCUUCAAUCUAGGGUUGCUUGGAAAGAGAUGCUGAUGAUGAUAGUGUCUCUUAUCAAUCUUUCAAAAUA